CCCCGUAGCGAGUGCUAAGUCUUUGCCCAGGUCUCAGUCACCUGGGAGAGAUACUACAGGUAGGCUACGGACGCUUCCGUGCACGAAGAGGCAUUAUGAAGAUCUAGACCGCAAGCGCGCCGACAGGACGGAAUAGUGUGUAGCCUUUCUCAUUAGUGCGUCUGGGUGGUGUCUGUCUAUCAUGCAACACUUAAAGCUAUGGAGAUCUCUGUUUCUGAUGACCGUCUUGUACCAGCUGGGGAUGUCGGGCAAAUACGGUUGUCUCUUUGAGAGGAGGCUGUGUACCAGAGAGCAGGUCUGCUCAGAUGAUGGGCUGUUUGGGCAGUGCCACAGCUCUAAACAGGACCAGGUUCAGUACCAGGUGUCUGUUCCGGUCCUGAAGAGGAUGCAGGAGGUUCUGAAGCAGCUCAUGCUACAAGGUCUCUCCUGGCAGGAUGACAUUACCCAGUACAUUGUAGCCAAAGAGCUGAGUCGAGUCCCCCAUACCCCACGCUCCCCCAAGGCCCCCUCUUCCUCCUCCUCUUCCUCCUCCUCCUCACAGUCCAGACAGACCCCCUCCAAAGGAAGCCCUCGUCCCAGCUCCAAGUUGGGGCCCUCCCCCCCAGACGACUACAUGGACUAUAUGAUCGUAGACCCCCCCCAGUCCGCCCUCCGCAUGCAGACCUCCCCCAUGGACCCCUAUGCCUACCACCAGCACAGAUACCAGGAUGACCUUGAGAGAUCCCUUCAUCCCAUCGAAGGAGGGGCUUAUCCCCGCCCACCCUCCAGGUCCCAGGCCAAUCAGAGGGAGAGGGACCGCCAGGCCCUUCAGGACGUCAUCUCUCUUUACCUGGCCUCCUCACCUGACCCUGGCCAGUCAUCCUACCACCAGCAGGGGGCGGCUGGGCCCUACUACCAGGAUCUGGAGGUGGAUCUACCAGGAGCCUAUCUGGAGGACUAUUUAGCCCAGGCCCAGGCUCAAGCCCAGGCUGCCUCUGCCAAGCAGCACAGGAAGAAGGUUUCCCAGGAUUACAGCUCCCUGUCUGGGCUGGAUGAUGGCCUGCUCCAGAGGAUAUGGGUGGUGCUGGAGAGGUAUGGAGUCGACCCCAGAGACCUGAGCCCCCAGCAGCUGUACAAACUGGCCCUGGUUCUGCAGCUCCUGCAGGCUGAGGAGCUGGACAAGACAGGAUCCGGUCCUCUCGAGAAAGACCUGGUCACACUGAAGGAGACCCAGGUGGUGAAGACCAGUGACAAAGCGCCCAGCAAGCCAGAGAGCCCCCCAGCCCCCCCAGCUCCCGCCCCCCGCCUCCCCUGCCCCGCAGCUAGCAGUCCCCGCCAGCCUGCCCCCGCCCCCCUGCCCCCCCAGGACCCCCUGGGGACAGGGAAGGACAGGCCCUCAGGAGACGCUGCCACCGUCCUGCCACCAGGGGGGGCCGGAGAGGAGUACGGUUACAUAGUGACCAACCAGAGUCCUCUGAGUCUGUAUGACGGGGUCAAACUUCUGGAGCUUCUGGCUGAGAGAAUCCACCUGACCACCAGCAGCUUCAUCAACAUCAGUGUUGUAGGUCCGGCCCUGACCUUUCGGAUUCGUCAGAACGCUCAGAACUUGAGUGCAGCGGACGUCGCUGAGAAGGCUGUGUCUGAAAAAACCUUCCUAGAGUCAGAGACUAGCCUGAAGAUUAUCCAGACUGGUGUUGGAGAGAGGAGUGAUGCUCGGGGGUUGCCCCAGGCUACGCCGGUGCGUGAGGGCUCCCAGCAGGUGGUGUUGACCCUGGUCGCCAUGGCGAGCGUGGUAGGAGUCUUGGUGGUGGCGAUGGCCGUCGCCUGCCUCAGACACCACACCCAGCAGCUGGCCAAUGGGAAGCUGGGCCUGGGGCCCGAGGGCGGGGCCGAGACACACUUUGACUACCAGGAGUUGUGUCGGCAACACAUGGCUGCCAAGACGUCCGUGGGUCGCGGGGAGACAGGGUCGGUGGCGGGGGCGGGGGUGGGGGGCGGGGGCCGGAGGGGCACGGACACCUCCAGGGUCAGCAGCGUGUCCUCCCAGUUCAGCGACGGCCCCCAGCAUAGCCCCUCCUCCCAUAGCUCCACCCCCUCCUGGAGCGAGGAGCCCGCCCAGUCCAACAUGGACAUCUCCACCGGUCACAUGAUCCUGGCGUAUAUGGAGGACCACUUGAAGAACAAGGACCGCCUGCAGAAGGAGUGGGAGGCGCUGUGCUCCUACCAGGCCGAGCCCAGCGCCGUGUCCCUGGCUCACAGCCUGGAGAACAUGGACAAGAACCGCAACCGUGACUUUGUUCCCUACGACCACUCGCGGGUGAAACUGAAGGUGGACCAGAACUCGACUAAGGAGGACUACAUCAACGCCAGCACCAUCAUCGACCACGACCCUCGCCUGCCCGCCUACAUCGCCACUCAGGGACCAGAGGCUCACACCAUCCCGGACUUCUGGCAGAUGGUGUGGGAGAAUGGUUGUACGGUGAUCGUGAUGAUGACUGCUCUGGUGGAGGAUGGAGAGAAACAGUGUGAACGCUACUGGCCUGACGAAGGCUCCUCCCUCUACCACAUCUAUGAGGUGAACCUGGUGUCGGAGCACAUCUGGUGUAAGGACUUCCUGGUGCGUAGUUUCUACCUGAAGAACGUGCAGACCCAGGAGACCAGAACGCUGACCCAGUUCCACCUGCUCAGCUGGCCUGCCAGUGGCAUUCCCACCUCCACCCGCCCCCUGCUGGACUUCCGCAGGAAGGUGAAUAAGUGCUACCGUGGUCGCUCCUGUCCCAUCAUUGUCCACUGCAGCGACGGCACUGGCAGAACUGGAACCUACAUCCUGAUAGAUAUGGUCCUGAACCGCAUGGCCAAAGGGGUAAAGGAGAUUGACAUCGCUGCAACACUGGAGCAUAUUAGAGACCAGAGGCCCAGUCUGGUGCACACCAAGGACCAGUUUGAGUUUGCUCUGACAGCCGUAGCUGAGGAGGUCAACGCCAUCCUGAAGGCCCUGCCUCAGUAGAGACCUGCAGCUCCCUCUCUGACCACCCCUACACACACAACCACCCUACACACACACACACACACACACAUCUUACACACACAACCCCUCCUUCACAACACUCUGACUAGGCUAUAACCCACCCUACACCUCUCCACACCAGUCUACAUCUCCCCUACACUCCCUACCUUCCCUAUACCUCCCUACACCCCCCCCCCCCCCCAGACCAGGUGUCCUGCCUGAGUAGAGGCAAGUGAAGGAUAGGCUUCGGGCACACAGCAGAUUAAUGUGACCCAGGGAUGAUGCUGGAUGAGGGCCAGAGUGGAUGAGGCUGAGCGUCUCAGGGGACGAGAGGCGGCCUCAAGACUCCCAACAUGAUUGUCUUUGCUUCUGACUCGCACAAAUGAUUUUGUUGCGUACCGUUAAGUACAGUUGCUUUUGUACAUGACGCCGUUCUCUAUUUCUGUCUUUCUCUCUCAUGCUCCCUAUCUUACACGCACACACGCUCCUUCAAUUGAGUUCAGAUGUCGGUGUCUUCUGUGUAAACCUGUGUGAUUACUGUAAAUAAUUAUCUUGUUGGUCCGUGUUUAUUCAUGUAGCAAACACAUAGAAAAUAUCUAUAAAAAUGUAUUUUUGA